GAUCUGAUGUUUACUCAUCGCGGGGCCAUAAAACCGAAACCAAAAUCCCAAAUAAGCAAAAAAGCAAAGAAAAGAAGCCACAGCGCCCGCUCGUAAUUUCUGCGAGUACUUCGAAGCUUAUCUAGUGCGCCCAUCGUAAUGGCAAUCGUAAGCAGCCGAAGCCACGGAACAGAGUAUAAAAAGCCCGGCUCUCGAUUGCACAGUCAACAGUCGCUCGCUGGAUACCGCCCACACUUAGCACUUAUCACUCCGUGACAGGAUAUACACCCACUCCCACUCGAUAUGUACAAGUUCGUCUUCCUCGUCUGCUCCGCCCUGCUGCUCAGCUAUGUCCUGGCCAGGCCCCAGGAUCAGCGGGCCAGUCCCACGUCCACGACCACAGCUGCCACCAUUGUCAAGCAGGAUAAUGUGAACAACGCCGACGGCAGCUUCAACAGCAGCUACGAGACCUCGAACGGAAUACGCGUGGAGAACAUUGGCUACCUGAAGAAGAUCAUCGUUCCCAAGACGGAGACCUCCGACGGCCAGGUGAUCGACGAGCACGAGGAGCUCGUGCUGGUUCAGACCGGAUCCUACAGCUACAGCGAUCCCGAUGGCAACCUGAUCACCCUGCGCUACGUGGCCGAUGAGAAUGGAUUCCAGCCGGAGGGCGACCAUCUGCCCGUGGCCCCUCAAUAGUUUAACAUAUGUCCAUAGAGCCCCUGUAAUAUUUGGCUUGAAAGUAUUAUGCACUGCCUGAAUGCCAUACGAAAUUGAAAUGCCUACAUUCCGUAGUUAGUCUUAA